UGUAUCGAGAACUUAUACAAUUAGUUCUUUUUUAAUCUUAUAAUUAGGGUUUUCGAAACAGGUAAGUUGAUUGAAAAGCCGAUACAUAGUUUGCUUUUUGCGACAUCCGUGGUUGAAUUGGGGUUUCAAUCGAUAGAACCCUAAAAUCAGUUGUUUCGGGAAUUGGACUAUAAAAUUUUUACCCGAAUCGAAGCCGGAAAAGGAUGACUUUUGAAGGAUUUUGUAUCUUUCAAUUUAAUUCUAUAUUGUAUUUUGCGAUCUGUAAAUAUGCAUGGAAUGAGCAAAUCGAACAGGAUUUCUUGGGCCCCGGAUGUUAAUCUUUGUCAGAUAAAGCUCUUUCUUACGGAGGAACCACCUUCACAAGUUGGAUUGGGCGCCCAAGAUCACCUCCAAGAAAAAGCCUCCUCUGUAUCACAUUUAAAUGGGGCAGCUGCGGAUGACUUUCUGCCUCCUGGCUUUGAAGGAGCUCAGUCUACAAAUCAUAUUCAAGUUAACGUGCUGGAAAUCCCCGCCAUUAGAUGGAGAUGUCCUCAUCGAUUUGCAUUGGACUUCAAUUGGCAAGUAGUCGCUGGGGAGGAAAGUAAAGAGGUUGAGAUUCAAAAUCAGAGAGAAGUGGGAGUACUUGAAGCUGUUUAUCCUCGGCCGUCUGCAAUUCCUACAGGCCCCUGCGUUUUGGCAGACGUAGAAAACUGUCACUAUGAUGAUCAUCUAUCUCCUCAAAUACCCAUCACUCCUAUUGAAGAUGAAGAUGAAGAUGAAGAUGCAGCAAUCGAAUCACUAUCUGAUGUUUUAGCACCAUUCGGUGCUCCCAUUAGUUCACAGCCAAGUGUUUCAAGUGCUUCUGCUGAGGAGAGUCCAUCGACUGGAAUGGUACUUAGUGUCGAGCCCGGAGUAGCAGCUGCUACAACUGCUGCCUUAAGAGCUAUUAACCAAAGCAAUGAAUGUGGAAACAUUUUUUAUCCCGACUUGCUUGUCAAAAUUCUGAGCAACCCGCAAUUAAUCGAGAAAUUAGUGACAGAUUAUGGAGCGGCUUCAGGUGCACAAAACUUACCUAAAUCAACAUCCUUUCUGGUACCUUCUUCCUAUCCACAUCCACCAGCAAAUAUAUCCGACCCAUCUCCCAGCGCCAAUACAAUAGAAAAUGGUAUAGCAUCUGUGGAAACUACUUCAGGAGUAGCACAUUAUGCUGAGUACAACGGGGUUGGUGUUGGGCCCUCAAAUAGACAAGGUUCUAUUCCCAGUGUCCAUCCAGUUUCACCUUCACCUGCCCCGAAAUUUCCUCAAAAGAAGGAUGUAAACUAUUACAAGAACUUGAUUCAGCAACACGGAGAAGAAAGACAAGGAUCAUUCCAGAACCUGAAUAACCGAUACAAUCUACAGCCAAGACCAAACCAACAACCAACAAAUAAUCCAAAAUCAAGAGAUCCAAAGCCGAGGGUAAUGAAGCCCUGUAGUUACUUUAACAGUUCCAGGGGAUGCAGAAAUGGCGCCAAUUGUGCAUUCCAACAUAUUACAUCGUCCCAGAACAGGGUCAGUAACAACUCGGACGUACCUAGUGCUAAGCGAAUAAAAUUGGAUAAGAGAGAGAAGCAGUUUGAAAAUACUAGCAAGCCAUUUUUCACUUAGAAAAAGCGUACUACA